CAAAAGAGGUCAAGGUCAAAAUCAUAGGAAGAUCAAAAGCAAAAUAUUAGUUUUGAUUUUCUUUGUUGUUUGCCAUUUGCCAUAUUUAUAUUCACUUGUUCAUUUUCUUGCUUACCCUUGUACAUUUUAUUAUUUUAAGUUGAUUCUCACCAGAAAUAAUUGUGGAUAAUUUAUCUAAUAAGUAACUUAUCUCUGCCCAAGAAUUGUUGUUCAUGCCGAGGCGAGGCAACACAGAUCAUGAAUGGAAAAUAUGGGAAUGGGAAAACGAAAAUUCGGCAAUAUUGAUAACUAACUAUAAGAUAAUUUGUUAGAAGUGGUAGAUAGACACAUUGAGAUGGUUGCAAAACAUCAAGGGUUUUGUUUGAAAACAAUCAAAGAGUCAAAGACAUCACCUACAGAAAUAUCCAUAAUAGAAAAUUUUGAUUUUGGAUCUGCAUUAGAGAAUGUUUAUCCUCUUCUUGACAUUGUAUUCAGUUACUUGAAUUGUGAUGAGUUGAGGACAUGCUCUCAAGUGAACAGUUCAUGGAAGGACAUAGCAAUAAAUCAUCUAGAAAAGAGAAUUGAACCAAGUUGGUUCACUUGUUUCAAAAGAGGAACCUCCAGUUCCAGAACUACCUCAAAGUGUGUUUAUUCCAUUCAAAAAAGUGGAAACCUAAAACAUAAUUGUGUAUCAGUAGGCAUUAUUUUGAUAGACAGUAGAACAAUAAGAUCCAACAAAAAAGUAUGUGUUCAUACAGAAGAAGAUAUAUUUUCUUCAACAUCUAUUACACAAUAUAUUGAAAAGGAGUUGAUACCAAAAGAUGUGAAAUAUUGUGUGUUAUCAUGCUGCAGAGUUCUAUCAUCUUUUCAACCAGAAAUCAAUCUUGUAGACAAAUUUGCAAUGGAGGGUUUGUUCUUACCCCAAAUUCCAAAUAUCAGUACAGCUAUGUUUUAUUAUGAUGGUAAUGAUGAUCCAAAUUUUCAAAACAUGGUUGAACAAAAUCAGGAACUCAAAUGUCUUCUUAUAUUCACUACUACUAGAAAGUCCAGCACAAAUCGCAAGAAGAUUAUAGAUGACCUGUUGACAAAAUUAGUUCAAAACAAUAAUGAGACAGUGGCACUAGCAGGUGGAGUCCUUAGAGCUGUAAGUUCACCACAAAUAUUCAGGAAGAAAAAUGCUGAUGUUUUUUCCAUAGCAUUUUGGCAAGCAAGUGAUUCUGAAGCAGAUUUCAAUGCUUUCUCCUGUGUGAUUAAUGGAGAAUAUUUAUCAAAAGUAGAGUUCACCAGUGAAGUUUCCAAGUUCCGGAAAAGAAUUUUUUUAAGAAGACACUGUGUGGCAAUUAGGAUUUGCUGUUCAGCAAAGAAGAAUGCAGAGGAAGAAAUUGUUAUUUUCAGUGAAAUAUUUGAAAAAGUGCCCCUACUUGGCUUUUAUGCUGAUGGUGAAAUAGGAUGGAAUAGCUCACUUCUGAAGAACAACAGUAUCCAGCAGUAUCAAAAUGUUCAUCAUCAGUGGUCAACUGUUUUUAUAGUAAUGACUUGGGGCCCCAUAAUAUGAUCAUAUUGCUUUUUUUUUCCUUCUCUGCAGAAAAAUGUUGUAUAUCUAUGAUAAAGGAUAAUAUACUGUGAUACUGUGAUGAUAUUUUUCUAAGGAUUUCUGAAAUAUAAGUGGAAAAUAA